AUGGAGAUCGAGUUUGAGGAAACAUACGGAGUCAAACCACUCUACCGGAUCAAAUGCCCGGGACGAGUCAACUUGAUCGGUGGAUCAAUUGACUACAAUGGAUAUGGAGUGUUACCAAUGGCAAUUGACUUGAAUAUCGAGCUUCUUGUAGUACCGACAACUCAAUCAAGAAUUGAGUUCCAAAAUUGCCAGCCUGAUAAAUACAAACCAUCCUCAAUGCCCCUUCCUUCUCAAUGGAACGGAGCCUCUCCUCCACAAUGGUUCGACUAUCUUCUGUGUGGCUGGAAAGGAGUACUUGAAGCGAUUCAACAGCCACCAAGAGGCAUGCUGAUUCUUGUCAAAGGAACAAUCCCGCCCUCAUCGGGUCUCUCCUCUUCUUCUGCUUUGGUCUGUGCUGCUGCACUUGCCACACUUGUCCUUCACACAGGGCAUGGCUUUACGAGCAUGCACAACAAG